CCAAAGGCAAAGCCCACCAUGACCACUUCCUCCUCUUCACGCUGCUCAGCUUAUUACAGGCAUCUCUCACUCUCUCUCUCUCUCUCUCUCUCCCCUCCCACCGACGAGCUCUAUCAGAUCAGAAAGAUCUUGAAACGCCCAGCCAUACAUUAUAUACACGCACACAUUCUAUAAUAUAUGUAGAUUACACUGUCCGCUUGUGAGCUCUGAUGAACAGAGUGAGCCAAAUAUAAGAGAGAGAGAGAGAGAGAGAGAGAGAGAGAGAGAGAGACCCAGAUAAUCCGAGCUUCUGUGAUCACAAUUUAGUGAAGACCCAUUUGUUCAAAAUCAGAAAUGGGGGGACACAAAUCCAAAUCCGGAAACAGAGCACCUUCAUUUUCUCCUUUGCUCAUCCUCUUCCUCGCGCUGUUCUGUUCAUCUCGACCCACCCGUUUCGCUUCCGGAGCCCAACCCAUCAAAACCAUCGUCGUUAUGGUCCUGGAGAAUCGCUCCUUCGACCACAUGCUCGGGUGGAUGAAAAACUCCGUCAACCCAUCAAUCAACGGCGUCACCGGCGCCGAAUGCAACCCGGUUUCCACCAAGAAUGGGACCCGGUCCAUCUGCUUCACCGACGAUGCCGAGUUCGUGGAUCCGGACCCGGGUCACUCCUUCGAGGACGUGGAGCAGCAGGUCUUCGGCUCCGGAUCCCUUCCCUCCAUGACCGGAUUCGUGGAACAAGCCCUCUCCAUCUCCCAAAACCUCUCCGAGACCGUCAUGAGAGGGUUCAAGCCCGGAUCCAUACCCGUCUACACCUCCCUGGUCCGGGAAUACGCCGUCUUCGACCGGUGGUUCUCUUCAAUCCCCGGUCCGACCCAACCCAACCGGCUCUUCGCCUUCUCCGGCACCUCCCAUGGAUCAAUCAGCCACGUUCCGAAGCAACUCGCAAAAGGGUACCCUCAGAAAACCAUCUUCGACUCUCUCCACGAGAAUGGAAUCGACUUCGGGAUUUACUACCAGAGCUUACCCAGCACUCUGUUUUACAAAAACUUGCGAAAGUUGAAGUAUAUUCUGAAAUUUCAUCACUAUGGUUUGAAAUUCAAGAAGCACGCGAGACAAGGGAAGCUCCCCAAAUUGACUGUGAUCGAGCCAAGGUACUUUGAUGUUGUGGGAUCUCCCGCAAAUGAUGAUCACCCAUCUCACGAUGUAGCGAAUGGGCAGAGACUGGUGAAGGAGGUUUAUGAGACUUUGAGAGGGAGCCCUCAGUGGAAUGAGACCCUUCUGGUGAUUACCUAUGAUGAGCAUGGUGGGUUCUAUGAUCAUGUGCACACCCCUCUCGGGUCUAUCCCUAACCCGGAUGGGAAUGUGGGUCCUGCCCCGAAUUUCUUCAAGUUUGACAGGCUUGGGGUUCGGGUACCCACAAUUAUGGUCUCCCCCUGGAUCAAGAAAGGCACUGUGAUGAGUAGGGCAAAGGGACCAACUCCAAGCUCUGAGUUUGAGCAUUCAUCCAUCCCAGCAACCAUAAAGAAGAUGUUCAAUCUCACAUCCAAUUUCUUAACUCACAGGGAUGCUUGGGCUGGAACCUUUGAGCAGGUGGUAGGGCAACUCACCUCUCCCAGAACCGAUUGCCCAGAGGUGCUUCCAGAAGUGGCCUCUUUGAGGAGCGCAGAAGCAGAUGAGAACAGGGGACUGUCUGAGUUUCAGAGUGAGUUGGUCCAACUGGCUGCCGUUCUCAAUGGUGACCACUUCCUCAGCAGCUUCCCAGAUGGGAUGGGGAAGCAAAUGAGUGUGAAGGAAGCUGAUGAGUAUGUGAAUGGUGCCAUCUCAAGGUUCAUCAGAGCAAGCAAAGAGGCCAUCAAGCUGGGUGCUGAUGAAUCUGCCAUUGUUGACAUGAGGUCAUCUCUCACCACAAGACCACUUUCACCCCACAAUUAAGUAAUUAGAAGGCUCAUUAGGCCUAAGGUAUACACAAGUGAUAGUCCAUUUUGGUUCGAGGUUAGAACUCGAGACCUCUAAUAUGAAAGUACAAGAGGCUCGUCUUCUAACCAUCGGAAUGUCUGUUCUUCCUGUUUUCUUUUUAUUUUUGUUUUUUCAGUCUUCAUAUGCCUCUCCAAUGGCGAAUGUUGUUUUCAUAUACAUAUAUUCAAAUGCCAUAAAUCAAUAGAAAAAAUAGAACAUUAUUUUUACUA